AUGCAGCUGUCUGAGGAUGACUAUAAGAGAAUAAUCGAAGUAAGUGGGCGGAUAUUGAAAAAGAUACACACUUUUAAAAGCAAACUACAUGAUGUGUACCCCGAGGUGAAAAAUAAGGUUGUUCUAGCACAUGAUGAUGAUAAAAGGUUUAUUCUUCCUAACACCACAAAAACUUUACCUUGGGGACACUGUGACAUUGAGUUUUACCAGACUGACCCCUCGUUCAAUAUUAAAUAUGCUAUAGGUGCAAUCAAUGAUAUUGCAGAAGGCACACUGAAAAUGGUAAUUUAG